AUGUUCCAGCUACUGAAGUACUCAUUAAUAAAACAGCCAACAGAUGAAGAUCCUGAUGAAGGAGUUAGAGAAUUAGUUGAAAUCGCUUUUAAACGAUUGGAUAUGGAUCAUGAUGGAAGAUUGAAUUAUACAGAUUUUCAACAAGCUGUUGAAGAUAAUGCUUUAUUGUUGGAAAUCUUAGGUCAAUGCUUCCCAGAUGAAGAGGUUGCUACAGCGUUUCUGUCAACAUUUCAAGAAAUUCAAGUACCACAAUCUGUUUGUUAUAUUAAACCUGCUAAAUCGUUCAUGAGUUCAACAGCUGCAUAG